GCGGCGGGCGGGCGGCGAGCAGCGAGCCGCCGGCUCGGCGGGCCGCGGGCAGCGGGCGCUCCGCCCUCGGUGCGCGGGGCCUCCCCUCUCCGCGCCCGCGGAGCGCCCGCCUAUAUCUACGGCGGCGGCGGCCCGCCGCCCGCAAGGAUGUGAGGCGGGCGGGCAGCCCAGCCGCCGCCGCCGCCGCCGCCGCCGCCGCCGCCGUGGCAUGCCCCUCCGCGCCCGGAGCCGUCGGCGCGGCGCCUAGCCGCGGCUCCGCGGGGCGAUGCUGCCCUGGAAGCGGAGCAAGGUGGAGCUGGUGGCGGGCGAGGCGCGGCGGCAGAGCAAGCCCAAGGGGUACGCGGUGAGUGUGCACUACUCGGCGCUCACCUCGCUGGCCCGCGCCUGCCCCGAGAGCGCCCUGCACCGCGUGGGCAGCAUGUUCCGCUCCAAGCGGCGGAAAUUCCGCGUGACCAGCGAGGACCCCACGUACACCGUGCUCUACCUGGGCAACGCCACCACCAUCCAGUCCAAGGGCGAGGGCUGCACCGACCUGGCCGUCUGCAAGAUCUGGAGCAAGAGUGAGGCGGGCCGGCAAGGCACCAAGAUGAAGCUGACCAUCAGCGCGCAGGGCAUCCGCAUGGCCCACGCCGAGGACAAGGGGCUGCGCCGGCCCGGCCACCUCUACCUGCUGCACCGGGUCACCUACUGCGUGGCCGACCCACGCCUGCCCCGCGUCUUCGCCUGGAUCUACCGCCACGAGCUGAAGCACAAGGCGGUGAUGCUGCGCUGCCACGCCGUGCUGGUCUCCAAGCCCGAGAAGGCGAAGGCCAUGGCCCUGCUGCUCUACCAGACCUCGGCCACGGCGCUGGCCGAGUUCCGCCGGCUGAAGAAGCGGGACGACGCGCGGCACCAGCAGCAGCAGCUGGUGGGCGAGCAGAGCAUCCCGCUGGUGCCGCUGCGCAAGCUGCUCAACGGGCAGUGCUGCUACAAGCCGCCGGUGGAGCGGAGCCGCAGCGCGCCCAAGCUGGGCUCCAUCACGGAGGACCUGCUGGGCGAGGAGCAGGAGGAGCGCGCCAUGCACUGCGACUGCGAGGACAUCCUGGAGGCGCUGGGCGAGCCCGAGGGCGAGCUGCUGCGCACCGGCGCCGGCCGCGGCGAGGGCCCGGAGCUGGGCCAGCUCCUCCGCGACCUGGGCGAGCUCAGCCUGGGCAACGACUUGUGCUCGCUCCGCGCCGACCUCCGUGUCCGCCGGCUGCUCUCCGGCGAGAGCACGGGCAGCGAGUCCUCCCUGGAGAGCAACGGCCCGGACGGCGCCGGCCCGCCCUGCAACGGCGCCGAGCAGCCGCCCCCCGGCGACCCCGAGAGCGGCUGAGCGCCGGGGGUGCGCGGGGCGCGCCGGGUCCCCUCCGGGCUCUCCGGGGGUGCACGGCUCAGCCGGGGCGCCCCCCGCUCCCUUUUCGGCCCCGCCGAGGCUGCACGGCCCCCCCGGGAGCGCAGCGGGCCCCCGCCGCCCCGGCCCCCUGCGCCGCCCCCGCGUCCCGGGCAGCGGCCGCGGGAGCCGGGCCCCAGCCCGCCGUGGCCUGCGGAGGGGAGGCGGCCGCGGGCUGUUUACCUCCGGCUCAGCCCUUGAAGAUCUGCCAAAUUCCUGGAAUAGCUUUCCCCGGGGAGGGCGGCGGGAGGGAGGUGUUGCGCCUUGUUUACAGUCAGAAAUCUCACAUCCGAAAGGGCCCCCCCCACCGUUUUCUCCAUUAAAGUCACUCCAUCGUGCUGUCGUGUCCGAGAGGUUUGCACUGUUGUGAAUUUUUUUUUUUUUUAAUUAUUAAGUUAGACUCUUUUUUUUUUUUUUUGGGCCCCGGUCCUGUCCCCGGUCUCAAUGCUCUAGAUCUUUUGCUGUGCAAAAGAAGACUCUACUCGUGGCUGUUCACCUGUACAUAGGGAAAUGUAUGCAAAUACAUUUUGUUAUUUUUAAGAACACCACCAUUGCGAUCUCCUCUGUUUGCACAUAAGUGAAGAAAAUAAAAAUGACAGUAAUUUAAAAGAAA